AGAGAGAGAGAGAGAGAGACUUACUUCUAGGUUAAGGAAGGGUUUGGAAUUGGAUGGUCGUUAAGGAUCACAAAAGUCAGUCCUGUUUUCAAUCCCUGCCUCCUCGUAUUAGCAUGGGAGUUGUGUGUGUGUUUUUGUUUUUGGUUUUGGUUUGUUCUUAAAGUUAAAACCAUACCUCUCUUGUUGAAUUUGCAUGGAUGUCUGUGGAGAUCAUUACAUCUCUGAAGGAAGGGAUUGGGAUUGGGAUUGGGAUUUGGAUCACCUCUUGGAUAACUUCCCGCUACCAUCACCGGAGGAUCUGAUUUUUUUCGAUAUAGAUGUCGAUCCCUCUUCCCUUCCCGAUGUUUCUUCUGUCAACCAAAUAGCAAGUCCGUCUCCGGAUUCUGCUUUGCCUUCUUUUGCCAUCGGCGACAUCGAGCAAUUGCUGAUGAAAGACGAUGACAGACACAGUGACAAAUCAGUUGCCGAGGACCCGCUUCCUAUGUAUGAAUCCUGCAACGCCUUCUUGUCGGAUAUUCUUCUUCAUUCGCCUGUUGAAUCCCAUCGAUCUGCCGAAGUUAUUGAUGUCUCCGAAUCCGACUGUAAGAAUUCUAAUGAUUCAGAGGAGGAUGAGGAUAAAAUCCAUGCAGGCGAGCGAAAAAAUAACGAAAACAACAACGAAGAUUGUCAUGAUGAUGAUCCAAUUUCUAAGAAACGCAAAAGGCAACUGAGGAAUCGGGAUGCUGCUAUGAAAUCUCGUGAGAGGAAGAAGAUGUACGUGAAGGAUCUGGAGAUGAAGAGUAGGUACUAUGAAGCGGAAUGCAAGAGACUCGGAAUGGUGCUCCAGUGCUGUUUCGCAGAGAAUCAAGCAUUACGCCUUUCCUUGCAGAAUACCAAGGCCUUUGAUGCUUAUAGGACCAAGCAGGAGUCUGCUGUGCUCGUGUUGGAAUCCCUGCUGUUGGGUUCCCUGCUUUGGUUCCUGGGCAUCACGUGCCUGUUCAUCCUGCCCAGUCAGCUCCAAUCGACCCUCUUAGUAGUUCCAAUGGAAAACGUGGACAACAAAAGUCAAGAAGGUCUGGUUCAAAGAAAGGCAGGAAGUGAGAAUUUUGGACUUCUGGUGUUUCAAUCCUUUAUGAUGAGCAAAAGAUGCAAAGCAUCAAGGUCAAGAAUGAAACCAAGUUCCCCUGCUAUUAAACUUUUGGUGUGACGCAUGAGGUGUCUCACGUUAUAUGUACUCGUACUUGAAUGUUUAGUUUUUUUUUUUUUUUGUGCUUUCUUUAAGGGUCUUGGAGGGUAGUGCAGUGGACGAUCUUUCCCCUCCAAAAUUGGAUAAUAAAUAUUGAGAUUAAUAGGAAGAAUGGCUGGUGCUGGUGUUUUGAUGGAGUUUUAUGAGCAACAUGUUCCCCUCUCUUUCUAGAAAGAACUAUAAUAUGUAACGUUUGUUGAACUCCUAGUACAUGAUAACGUUAUAUUUCUCUUACAGGUUAACUCGUUUGGAUUAGAC